AUGAAUCCUCCUGCAACCUUGCUGCUGGACGCACUUUGCUGCGCCUGCAACGCGUGCAUUUUUGUACAAGUCCUGCUUUGCUGCAGUCUCCUCCUGCAGCAGGAGGCUUUUCGUUGCCUCGCCAUGGGAUUGGCACCGCAGGAUUUUUAUUGCGAACGGGGCGCUGACCGUCUGUCUCUUGGUCUCCAGCUGCUGCUCCAGGCCUCGCGGCUCUUUCUUGAAGCAGACUGCACGCCGCUGCACUUGACUUGCUGCCGCCAGGCAGCUCUUGUGGCGCUGCAGCUACGCGCUGUGGAGCUUCAGCUCUCGCGGCAGUCUCUGCAGCAGAAGCAGCUACAGCAACAGGAGCAAGGUCGUCUCCUGGUGUCUCAGCUGCUGCAGCACUGUGGCACGGCUCUUCAAGGAGUUCUUCAUCCUUUUAAAGAUGCUGAAGCAUUUCUAAGAGAGGGCACAGAGCUGCCCUUGCUGCUGCCAAGUCUCGCAACGUCCAGCAUAGCAGCGAGCUCUCCACAACAGCAGCAAUCAGCAGCAACUAGUGAUCCGGCAGCAGUUGACACAAUGAGGCAGCAACGAUCGUCUUGGUUUCGCAGUCACCUUUUUUCGUUAGAUAGGUCUGCGUUUAAGUGGUUCAGUGGAAGGGAUGGAGAAGAACGGACUGAUCCCUUUGGGAAUGCUGCAGCAGCAGCAGCAACAACAACAGGAGCUGCUGCGGCUGCAGAAGCUGUAAGGGAAUCUGAGGAGGACGCCGCACUGUCUGUAGGCUUGUCCGGUCCUUAUUUGCAAUUUUUGCACCUGUCCGUCUCUCAGGUGCUGCUUUUUAUCGAAUUGCAUCCCGACGCCCUAGUGUCUGGCCUAACUGCUCAGGCAAGCGGAGAAGUAGCAGAAACACAGGGCCAAAGAAGCACAUACCACGGCCAUGCGUGCAGAGAUUCACACUAUAAGUUCUUGGGGCUUUUGCAUGUUGUCCUCGCUGUUCUCCAGUGCAGGGCUUAUCAUCACAUAUACGGUGGUGUUGUGCAACUAGCUUGGCCGCGCGCAGUGUAUAGACAGGUCAUUCUCAAUGGCCGCUUGUCCUACCUCUCUCAGCUUUUGGGCCGGCCUCUCGAACAGCGUUUUGCUGCAGCAAAUGACAAGGCAUUCCAUAAGUCCUACGAGGGCGCAGACAUUGGUGCGGGGAGGCUAAGAGGCGGGCCACAGCAAAGCCCACGCCAGCAGCAGCCGCCGAACCUCCCACAGGGGAUGUGGGGUGAAAGCCUCAGCAAAGAUGCACUGAAAGUGCUCGUGUCUCUUCACCUCAGAGAGUUUGACUUGUCGGGCUGCCACACCGAGAAUCUGAAGCAACCCUGCAGCAACGGCAACAAAGGCAAUUGGGACAACAAUGUGAAGGAAAGCAGCACUGAGACUCGAAGACCGUUCCGUAUUCCCGGCAUAGAGGAGCAUGACGCGGAAACUUACACUGCGGAUUUUUCUGUAGAUGCCGACGCAUAUUUGCUGCAGCCCACAGGUGCAGCGGCAAAAGCACUCAGCAAGUCGCAGCAGGCCUGGGAGACGCUGAAGGAUUUUGCAGAAAGCAACCUCCUCAGGCUGCUUUUAGAAGCCGUGCCCGAUAUUCGUGUCCGACUGGAGGUACGGUUUUCUUCAUGA